GUUUUCUUUUCCCCCUUUUCCUCCGUCCAUCGCCUCUGCUCCCCCACUCCCCCCGUCCCGUCCACCCACCCCGCGGGCCCGAAAACCCUAGCCAGCCGCCGGCGGCGAAGCGGGCGCACCGGCGGCGGCGACGAUGAGCGGCGGAGGCCCGCCCAGGAAGCGCAACUUCAAGAUCGAGAUGUUCAAGCACCGGGUGGAGCUCGACCCCAAGUACGCGGAGCGGACAUGGAAGGUCCUCGAGCACGCCAUCCACGAGAUCUACAACCACAACGCCAGCGGCCUCUCCUUCGAGGAGCUCUACAGGAGUGCUUACAACAUGGUGCUUCACAAGUAUGGCGAGAAGCUCUAUAAUGGCCUUGAGAGCACUAUGACAUGGCGAUUGAAGGAAAUAUCAAAAUCAAUAGAGGCUGCACAGGGUGGUUUGUUUUUGGAAGAGCUGAAUGCGAAGUGGAUGGAUCACAACAAGGCAUUGCAGAUGAUCCGGGAUAUUCUAAUGUACAUGGAUCGGACUUAUGUCCCAACAUCCCAUAGGACACCUGUUCAUGAGCUUGGUCUGAAUUUGUGGAGGGAUCAUAUAAUUCACUACCCAAUGAUCCAUGGUCGGCUGCUUGACACCCUUCUAGAUCUUAUUCACAGAGAAAGAAUGGGUGAAGUGAUCAAUAGAGGCCUGAUGAGGAGCAUUACAAAGAUGUUAAUGGAUCUUGGUCCUGCUGUGUACCAAGAUGAUUUUGAGAAACCAUUUUUGGAAGUUUCCGCUAGCUUCUACAGUGGGGAAUCUCAAGAGUUCAUCGAGUGUUGUGAUUGUGGUAACUACCUUAAGAAGGCUGAGAGGCGGCUCAAUGAGGAAAUGGAGCGUGUCUCACACUACUUGGAUGCUGGCAGUGAGGCAAAGAUAACUAGCGUGGUGGAGAAAGAGAUGAUAGCCAAUCACAUGCAUAGAUUGGUCCACAUGGAAAACUCUGGCCUUGUUAACAUGCUUAUAGAUGACAAAUAUGAAGAUUUGGGUAGGAUGUACGCCUUAUUCCGAAGGGUUCCUGAUGGUCUAUCAACAAUCAGAGAUAUGAUGACUUCAUACCUGAGGGAAACAGGGAAGCACUUGGUGACAGAUCCGGAGAGAUUGAAAGACCCAGUGGAAUUUGUUCAGUGCUUGUUAAAUGAGAAGGAUAAGCAUGAUAAGAUCAUCAAUGUUGCUUUUGGCAAUGAUAAAACCUUCCAAAAUGCUCUGAAUUCAUCCUUUGAGUUCUUCAUCAACUUAAACAACAGGUCACCUGAAUUCAUAUCACUGUAUGUUGAUGACAAACUCCGGAAAGGACUGAAAGGGGCAACAGAAGAGGAUGUGGAGGGUAUACUGGACAAAGUCAUGAUGCUGUUUCGGUACCUUCAGGAGAAGGAUGUGUUUGAGAAGUACUAUAAGCAGCAUUUGGCAAAAAGGCUUCUGUCUGGCAAAACUGUUUCUGAUGAUGCUGAGAGGAGUAUGAUAGUCAAACUCAAGACGGAAUGUGGGUACCAGUUCACCUCCAAAUUAGAGGGCAUGUUCACUGACAUGAAGACAUCUCAGGACACCAUGCAGGAUUUCUAUGCCAAGAAAUCCGAAGAACUUGGUGAUGGCCCUACACUUGAUGUCCACAUCCUCACAACUGGCUCUUGGCCAACACAACCCAGCCCUCCCUGCAGCCUUCCACCUGAAAUCCUUGCAGUAUGUGAGAAAUUCCGUGGAUAUUAUCUUGGAACUCACAGUGGGCGGAGGUUAACAUGGCAAACAAAUAUGGGAACAGCUGAUAUAAAGGCCACGUUUGGGAAAAGCCAGAAGCAUGAGCUGAAUGUAUCCACUUACCAGAUGUGUGUUCUGAUGUUGUUUAACACCUCUGAUGGACUUAGCUACAAAGACAUCGAGCAAGCUACUGAGAUACCUUCCACAGACCUAAAGAGAUGUCUCCAGUCUCUUGCUUGUGUCAAGGGGAAGAAUGUUCUCCGUAAAGAGCCCAUGAGCAAGGACAUAUCAGAGGAUGACACAUUCUACUUCAAUGACAAGUUCACAAGCAAGCUUGUUAAGGUGAAGAUCGGGACCGUGGUGGCAGCAAAGGAAUCUGAGCCAGAGAAGCAGGAGACCCGCCAGCGAGUUGAGGAGGACAGGAAACCUCAGAUUGAGGCUGCCAUCGUCAGGAUCAUGAAAUCUAGGAGGGUCUUGGAUCAUAACAGUAUUGUAUCUGAGGUUACCAAGCAAUUGCAAGCACGGUUCUUGCCGAACCCUGUUAUCAUAAAGAAACGCAUAGAAUCUCUGAUCGAGCGCGAAUUCUUAGAGAGGGACAAAGCAGAUAGAAAAUUAUACCGCUAUCUUGCAUAAAAAGCCAGCAUGUGAAUGUUAAGAGAUAUUUCAUGAGCAGGUGGCUUCCUUGUAUUCCUGUAAACAUUUCCCCUUGUGCUUGAGUUCAGUUUUAUUUGUUGGGCACUGUCCACUGAAAUCAUAGCAGUUGUUGAAUUUGGUUAUCAACGGAUUGAAAUGGAGACUUUACCCAAUCA